AUGAACACAUCCAGAUCCCAAUUCAAGCAGCAUUCGAUACUCACAGUACAGUUGCCUUCUCUCGUCGAUAUGGGCAGCUCUCGCGAGAUACAGGCCAGGUGCCUCUGCGGCAACUACCAGCUGUCGCUUACGGUCCUUGAACAACAGCUUCCUCUGACAGCUUCAAUCUGCCAUUGCAAUAGUUGUCGUCACGGUUCAGGGACGCUGUAUAUAGGUGGAGCAUUUGUGCCUGAGACUUGCACUCAGGCUGUACAAGAUUCGCUUUCUAGACUGAAGGCCAGCGAAUGGUCGACCCGCAGGACAACAUACCAUUGUCCCACUUGCGGCACCAUCAUCAUCGAACAACAAGGUAGUCGGUUUUGCAUUUACACCGGCGCUCUCGCUCAGCUCGAGGGUACAGUGCAUUUCGAGCGUCAGAUAUUCGUCAAGGAGACUCAAGAUGGUGGCUUCAGUCACUGGCUCAGAGACUUGCCAAUCAAGACACAUGCUACUAUGAACGACGAGCUGCCGACUGACUGGCCUCGUCCGAGCGAGCAACCAAUCGACAGAACCUCAGACAGACUGCAUGCGCACUGCCUGUGCAACGGUAUCAACUUCUGGAUCUCUCGCCCACUAGCAUCUUCAGCCAACCCAGACGAUCCCAAAUCUGACGUACACCAGUACAAUCCUGACCGUGGAGAGUACGAGACUAAAAAUCCAUGGUGGCUCUGCGAGAAUCGCACCAAAUUCUUCGCAGAAGUGUGCCAGUGCAACUCCUGCCGUCUUUCGAGUGGCUGUGAUUUCGUUCCAUGGACCUACGUCCCAGCAACAGACAUCUCUCUGGCCGCCGAUGGAAGCGUGCCUUUCUCCUGUGACUUCGGCACGCUCAAGAAGUAUCGCUCGUCCGAUGAAGCGUCGAGAUAUUUCUGUGGGGAAUGUGGUGCGACUGUAUUCUACAUCAGAGAUGAGAGACAUGGCAUUGCAAACGUGGCUGUAGGUUUGCUUGACGCAGACGAGGGCACUCUGGCAAAAAGUUGGCUUUGGUGGAGGACUGAUGCUCUCGACUUCAAAGAGGAUGGUAUCGGUCGUGCUGCCACGCUUGUGAACUGCGUCGAAGGAGCAUUGCAAAAUUGGGGCCAGUCAGCAUCGGCUCGAGAUUUGUGA